GUUACUAAAGAUGAUUUCCAGACCUUUGAUUAUAUACUAUGUAUGGAUGAGAGCAAUCUAAGAGAUCUGAAAAGGAAAAGCAACCAAGUUAAAGACUGCAAGGCCAAAAUUGAACUACUUGGAACUUACGAUCCACAGAAACAACUUAUCAUUGAAGAUCCAUACUAUGGGAAUGAAAAGGACUUUGAAACUGUUUACGAGCAGUGUGUUAGAUGCUGUAAAGCAUUUUUGGAGAAGUGUCACUAAUGCUUCAUCAUUUUAUUUCUAAAAGAAAAUAAUUAGCUUCUCCUGAAAUACGUAAGGUUUACUUGAUUGAUGUAUGUAAAUUGUAAAAUUAUGCCUCAGUAGGUUCAAAACUUUUUCAGUUUAAUUUUAUAUUUUAGCUUUUCUGUCAUCUAAUUAAAAAACACAGAAACGUUUAAAUUGGGUUAGGUAAUCAACCAUUUUGUCACACAUCAAUGUAAUAAUAAAGUAUAUCAUUCAGAAUAAAUUGAUCUGUAAACUCUUCCAGUGCUUUCUCAAAGCACU